AUGGACCUCAUGCGCAAGGCAACCACGACGGCAACUCGUCGACGGGCGCAGAAGUCACACGAAUCUCGUCCCCUUGCUCGCUUGCCGAGCAUCCGUCGUGGGAGCACGGUGACUUCGGUGGAGGCGGUCGGCGAGCGGGCCAGUCGUGGCGAGGAGGUAGAGCGGCGGAGGCGGACGAGGCAGCCUAGGCCGGAUGGGGAAUGCGGCGCGGAGGAGGCAGCUCGGGGAGGCAGCGCGGAGGAGGUCGUAGGGGAUGGGGCGCGCGCCGGCUGGGGAUCGGCGCGCGAGGCGGAGGAGGGGUGGGCGGAUGGGCACGACGACGCAGUGAGAAAACGACGCAGCGAGCAUCGAGACGAGCGAAUAAGGUCGCUGGGACCGGUGGCCAUCGGACCCGCUAUCCCCAACAGCAUUGCCCCCGAGGAGCCUAAAGUCGUCGUGCCAGAGGAGAACGGGGAGAUGGGCAUGGCUGAUAUCCAGGACAAGGAAGUCAGUAUGGAAGGGCUCUGCUCCAUAAGCACCUAUGAUCAGUGGACGCCACUCUCUGUUUCUGGCCAGCUCCCGAAACCACGCUAUAAGCAUCGAGCUGCGGUGGUUCAGCAGAAGAUGUACGUCUUUGGUGGAAAUCACAAUGGCUGUUACCUUGGCGACAUCCAGGUUCUGGACUUCAAAACUUUGUCAUGGUCAAAGCUGGAAGCUAAAUCACAAGCAGAACCAUCAGAAUCAGCUGGAUUAGUUCCAUUUUCUGCAUGUGCUGGUCAUUCAGUGAGCUCACGUGGUGAUCAGUCAGUGACUCUUGUUGGUGACACUCUAGUUGUGUUUGGCGGUGAAGGUCAUGGGAGAUCUCUUCUGAAUGAUCUGCACAUUCUCGAUCUUGAGACCAUGACUUGGGAUGAAUUUGAGACCACAGGCACUCCCCCUUCUCCAAGGUCAGAGCACGCUGCUGCUUGCUUUGCAGAGCGGUAUCUUCUGAUAUUUGGCGGGGGAUCGCAUUCUACAUGUUUCAGUGACCUACACCUCCUUGACACUCAGACAAUGGAAUGGUCAAGACCAAAGCAGCAAGGUAUUACUCCAGAACCAAGAGCAGGGCAUGCAGGUGUAACUAUUGGAGAAUAUUGGUUUAUUACUGGGGGUGGAAAUAGUAGGAAAGGUGUCUCAGAUACUCUUGUACUCAACAUGUGUACUUAUGAAUGGUCAGUUCUCACUGAUCUUGAGGCCCGUGCACCCCCUACAAGUGAGGCUUAUGCUCUCAAGGCAAGUCUCAAACCAAGUGUCCCGUCUCAACAAAUAGAUGAAGCAGAGUCAAAUGGUUUUGCCACCAUAUCUGUAGCAGAAAAUUCUAGCAGGAAAGUCAUAUUUGAAAUUGAGGAACUUAAAGAUGUAAAGCCUGGCAAUAGGGCAGAUAACAGCAAAACCUUGGGACAAGUAGCUACGGAUGAACAAAACCAAGUAGAAGACAGACUUAAUCAAGAGCACUUGCAGAGUCUCCGCCUGAAGCAGGAACUAGCUGAUGUGGAAAACAGAAAUGCAGAACUUACUGAGGAACUCCACUUAGUUCGAGAUCAACUUUCUAUUGAACAAACCAGGGCUUCCAAACUCGAGAAUGAAAUUUCAGAGAUUCAACAACGACUACAGAAUAUGGGUACCCUAGAAAAGGAAUUUGAAUCACUUCGCAGUGAACUGGACAGCACUGUAUCGGAAGAGGAAGCUUCGAGUGGCAACCAGACGCACCGCAGCAGGGGCUUCUGGAGAUGGAACGGGUGA